AUGGCUUCGGUUUACAAGAGUGUUUCAAAGAAGGCUGCUCAGCAAGCGGUCGAGGAUUCUUCCGACGAGGACAUCCAGAUGGAGGAGCUUCUCGAUGGAGAGAACGACACCACUGAUAGCGAAGAGGAAGAAUCCGACGAUGAAAGUAUUGAGGUUGUAAAGAAGCAGCUUGCUUCUGGAUUUAUGCCCAAGACUCGGGUACUCAUCUUGACCUCCAGAGGUGCCUCAUACCGCCACCGACACCUGAUGUCUGAUAUCUGUGGCCUCCUCCCCCACACCUACAAAGAGACUAAGCUCGAUACGAAAAAGAAGGCCGCUGGCUACAACCUCCUCCUCAACUCUCUCGCCGACCUGCACUCAUGCAACGUUAUCUUCUUCCUCGAGGCCAAGAAGAACGGCCAGGAUCUUUACCUUUGGCUGUCACGCCCUCCUAACGGACCCACAAUUAAGUUCCAUCUCAACAACUUGCACACAAUGGGCGAGCUCGGCGCAGGAUUCGCUGGAAAUUGCCUGAAGGGUGGUCGCGGUCUGGUCGUGUUCGAUCGGUCCUUCGAUGAACAAGGUCCGGAUAUGGGCAAGCCUGGCAGUGAAUACCGGGCGCUUGUCCGAGAGAUGUUGCGCGGAGUGUUCUGCGUCCCUAAGCGCGGCGUCCGUGGCAUGAAGCCAUUCGUCGACCGCAUCAUCGGUAUCUUCGGAGUGGAUGGCAAGAUCUGGAUCCGUGUUUACGAGAUCCGCGAAUCUGAAGCUGGGAACAAGAAGAAGGAGGGAGAUGAGACUGUCAAGCCAGUACCAAAGGGCAAGGAUGGCCUACCUGAGGUUUCUCUGGUCGAGAUCGGCCCACGCUUCGUUCUGACCCCCAUUGUCAUCCUUGAGGGUAGCUUUGGCGGCCCCGUCAUUUACGAGAAUAAGGAAUACGUCAGCCCCAACCAGGUCCGUAGCGAGAUUCGCCAGGGCAAGGCUGGUCGGUACUCCCAGCGCCGGGAUGACCAAACCGAUCGGGUGGCCAAGCGCUCCAACCUGGGACUAUCAGACAACUCUGUUCGUAAGGUGGAUGCAUUGGACACAAGGAAGCUGUUUGCAUAG